CGUAAAGUAAUAUUAAAGUGGUAAAUGGUUGUUUCGUAUUAAUUAAGUCAACGAUAAUAACUUUUGUAACAGCUGUGAUGGUCUCAGGGCCUAUGGAUUGGUUAGGAGUGAUGACGCCACCGGGACGUCAAGCCUCCUGGUGCCCACUACUAGAGCCCUAGGGCACCAGACAACUGUCCUACAUUGUCAAUUAACCAGAAAUCUAUACUUAAAUGUUCCAAUGCAAGUAAUGUUUGAAACUAAACGAUCAUUAUCGCGUCCGGUUAAUAACUAAUGUGGUAAUUUCCAGAAAUAAAAGCGUAGUGAUCACUUCCCGAAGAUUAUUUUAUUUAUUUUGGCAGCCGAAUUCUGUGAACGGAUGUCCUAUUCUGGAAUGCGAGUGAUUCUAACGUUGUAUUUGCGAAAUAAAUUGAAUUACACCGACGAUGAAGCAAAGGAAAUCUACCACAUGUUCAACGGUAUGGUCAGCCUUUGCCCUAUAUUCGGUGGGAUUAUUGCUGACAAUUAUCUGGGAAAGUAUCGAACAAUACUCUACAUGAUGUUUAUUUACGUGUUGGGCAACUCAUUAGUAGCUGUUACCGCGAUACCGCAGCUAAUGCUCCCCGGUCGAUUAUGUACACUAUUGGGCUUAUUUCUUUUCGCGAUCGGCACUGGAGGUAUACGACCAUGUGUGACUGCGUUCGGAGGCGAACAGUUUACUCUACCAAAGCAGGAGAUACUGCUUACAUUGUACUUCAGUAUACUCUAUUUCAACUUGUGUGUAGGCAGCCUUAUCGCGAAGACUUUAGCGCCUAUCUUCAGAGGCGACUUUCAAUGCUUUGGCGAUAAGGAUUGUUACACACUAGCGUUUGGUGCACCUGUGAUUGUCAUUGUUUUUUCAAUAGUGGUAUUCGUGAGCGGAAGACGUCGUUAUAUAAUUAGACAGCCUAAGGGAAAUGUUGUGGUUGAUUUUACUAAAUGUGUUUUUCUAGGAUUAAAGCUAAAAAUAACAAAUCGAAGUCAAAACAAGCACUCUCAUUGGCUGGACAGUACGCGACACAAAUACAGCCAUCAGUUUAUUUCUGACGUAAAGAGGACGUUAUCUAUACUGAAAUUGUUUUUAGUAACUCCGGUGUUUUGGUCGCUUUUAGAACAAAUGGGUUCCAGUUGGGCGCUACAAGCAUCAAAGAUGGAUGGCAGAUUGGGUUCCUACACGAUCAAAGCGGAUCAGUUGAUUGUUCUGUCACCUAUAUCGGUUAUGAGUUUUAUUGCAGUAUCACAAAAGUAUCUCUAUCCAUGCUUAGCUAAAUGGAAUUUAUUGACAAACCCCUUGAACAAGUUAAAAGUGGGUGGCAUUAUGGCAGCACUGGCGUUUGUAGCAUCCGCCAGUGUCGAAACUUAUCUUAAGACAACGUAUCCAGAACUGCCACAAACAGGUUGUUCACAAUUAAGAAUCUUCAAUGGAAAUAAUUGCAAUGUUACAAUAUUUAACAAAGGAAAGAACAUUUCCCAUACAAUACCACCUCUUUCAUAUUUUACAAACACCAAAGUAAACAUAUCUAAUAAAGAAAAUGUCGCUUUUGAUUUCGUUAGUGAUUGCUUUAAAAGGAAACAUCAAGAUUUAUUUCUCGAAGAGAACAAAGCAAACUCAUUCUUUUUAACAACAAAUCAUAGUUAUUAUUACGAAGAUAAUGUAGAGAAAAGUAAAUCAGGAUUUCCAAUGGUAAGAUUUCUUGUUACGGAAGAAAUUAAGGAACCUAUAGUAAUGUAUAAUAUGAAAUCAAAUAAUAUAGAAGUCAAUAUAUCAGCUACUGAUAUAAAUACAAGGGUAGAAAUUUAUAGAUCACAGUAUUCUAUACAAGUUGGUGAUCGCGAUAUCUUAAAUGACAUACAACUUGAAAGCGGUGGAGUUUACAAUAUUAUUUUAACAAAAGAUAAAACCGAUUAUAAGGCGAAUGUGAUAUUGAUCACGGAGCCAAAUUCUAUUACAAUACUACUACUAAUACCACAAAUCGUAUUUCUUUCGAUAGCAGAAGUGAUGUACGUAGUAACGGGCAGUGAGCUUGCGUUUCGAGAGGCGCCAGAAAAUAUGAAAGCUGUCAUCGGUUCUAUUUGGAUUUUAAUGCAAGCUUUUGGCAACAUACUUAUCAUUGUAUUGACACGUUUGUUGGUUAACGUGCAGAUGCAGACUCAAUUUAUUAUGUAUUCAAGCAUAAUGUUUGUGUCAAUUUUAAUAUUCCAUUAUCAAAGUAGAAAUUACGAGUUCGCGAAUAAAAUUGAGGAUGAAGAAUUAAUGGGAAUGGAAGAACGAUUACAAUGUGAAACAAAUGUACUCAAAUAUAAAUUAAAUGACACCAAUCCUGAAGGAAUUACGUUAGAAUUAUCUGAAUAGUAUGAAAAAUGGAAA